CACUUAUCUGUCUAUCAGUAGCUGUCAGUUCAUAGUAAUUUUGGAAUAUUUUUUUUGUACUGUAUUCAAUUUUGAAUUUCUACAAAUUUCACAGCAUAGAGGCCAAUUCUGAUACAUUUAUUUAUUAGAUUUAGAAAAGAAAACCAAUAAUGCCACUAGACGUACAAGGCACUUUUGUAUCUCAGAAGAUUAAUAAGGUUAGGUGGAUACCCGAAGAGUACGUUGAGACAAAAUGCUUUUUUACCGGUAGUUGGGACGAUGACGUGAAUUCUGUAAAAGUUUGGACUUUAGAAAGUCUUCACGAAGACGCAGAGAUUGAUUAUCCUCGGGUGCUUUCUGAAUACACCGUGGACGGGGAUGUUACACAGAUCAAAUUUGUGGACAAAACUAAGAUAGCUGUAUCGACGUCGGACGGGGAUGUGCGUAUGCUAGAAGUUAGCGCGUACGAGAAACAAACUCCGCUUAAAGACAUAUAUGCCUGGGAAAAGUUACACAACUAUGGAGCAGAACAAUGUUCAUGCACAUCUUUAGAUACAUUUGAAGGUGAUAUAGCAACAAUCGGUGAAGAUGGCAAUUUAAAUAUAUUGAAUGGUCGAAGAGGGACUAUAAGUCGCACACUCACUGCAAUAGACAGCUGUUCAUUACAUGCUGUUUGCUUCAUAAAGCAUAAUGAGGUUAUAACCGGCAAUAUACGGGGACACAUGAAGAUAUGGGAUCUCAGAAUUACAGACAACAAACCUACUGCAUCAUUCCUUUUAGCUGGUGAUGAACUUGCUGCCACUUGCAUCGUAUACCAUCCAACGCAACCUCACGUAAUCCUUGCAGGCAGCGAGUCUGGAUCACUCGCUGUCUGGGAUCUACGUAUGAACUCGUUCCCUACCUCGUUGCUAAAUGCCCAUUCGGCAGGUGUUACCGAAAUGCAGUUUCAUCCAGAGAACCCAAAUAAAUUGCUAACUUGUUCAGUGUCUGGUGAAAUUUGGGAUUGGAACGUGGAGGGGAUCACCAAAACCACAAAAGGGCCUGAUAACCAAGUAACGACAUGGGUACCCUUGGAGAAUAAAAAUACAAUGACAGUGAACUCUUUAAUGCCCACUUUGCAUAAGCCUAUUAAUAGUUUACAUUGUGAUAAAGGAAGAAUUCUCUGCGGAGCAGACAAUGAAGCUGUGUAUGUGAUAAAAAAUUAUAAAUAUUAAGUUUUGUU